CUCUCUCCUAGGUGGGAGAAGGUGCAAGGGUAGUCAGAAGGCUGUGCCUGUCUUGAAAUCAAUGUCUAUUGAAGAGGUGGGGUGGUGUGACAAUCCAACCCAUUUGCAUUAUUGCCCCCUUCACUUCACCCCAUCCCUUGGCUUCUCAGCAGUCCCCCUCAACUAAGUCCAAAAUCCCCGUAAGACCCACAUAGCCAGGGUACCAGUUUUAAGAAGGCUCAGGGUAAAUUGUGAUACUCCACCUACCCCUCUAAUACAUAACUCCUCAAAGAAAACACAUUAGCAGCUUAAAACUAUACUUCCCAGGUUUCCCCUUCUCUUCCGGGAGAUGAGUGCUCUGGAAAGCUGCAGGCCAAGUGCAGGCUGAGGCGCUGGAGGGACAGACUCGUGCCCCCUCUGGCGGCCACGCGGGGUCAGUGAUCGCCAGGGGGCGUGGCUGCCCCGCCCCCUCAGUGGGAGCCAUUGGGAGCCUGAGGCCCCGCCUCCUGAGCAAGCACCUCCCAGAAAGUAUUUAGAAGCUGAGCCUUCAGGAAGGCGCUCGGAGAGAGCUGGGAAAAGCGGAGGAGGAAGUACUGAGCAGAGCGUGGCCUUAGCUCGUAACUACAAACCUGGAACCAGGGAGCGGGAGCAGCCGGCCUCGUGGGGCGGAGCCCGUACCCUGCCUCUCCAGCCAUCAGUCAUUUAGCGCCCAGCACGUCGAGCCAGAGAAGUGGGUGAGUCUCAGAUCUGCGUCCUAAGCGGAGCUGCCUCGCCCCACCCCUGGAAGUGGCAGCCAUGGCCCGGCUAGUGCUGCAGGGCACACUGCUGUGCAUGCUGCGCGUCGGGUUAGGCACCCCGGACUCCGAGGGCUUUCUGCCCCCUGGGCCCCAUAAUUGCCCCUACAAAUGUGUCUGCGCUGCCGACCUGCUGAGCUGCGCCGGCUUGGGGCUGCGGGAUGUGCCGGUUGCAUUACCAGUCACGGCUGCAGACCUCGACCUAAGCCACAAUGCGCUCCAGCACCUGCGCCCCGGCUGGUUGGCGCCCCUCUCCCGGCUGCGUGCCCUGCAUUUAAAUCACAAUGAGCUGAAUGUGCUCGGUCGUGGAGUCUUCAACAAUGCCAGCGGCCUACGGCUGCUUGAUUUAUCAUCUAAUGCCCUGCGGGCGCUUGGCCGCCACGACCUCGAUGGGCUAGGGGCACUGGAGAUGCUGCUGCUGUUCAAUAACCACCUGGCACACUUGGACGAGCAUGCCUUCCACGGCCUGCGUGCGCUCAGUCGUCUCUACCUGGGCUGCAACCAACUCGCAUCCUUCUCUUUCCACCAUCUGCACGGGCUGGGUGCUACCCACCUACUUACCCUGGAUCUCUCCUCCAACCGCCUGGGACGCAUCUCCAUACCUGACCUGGCCGCACUGCCAGCCUUUCUCAAGAAUGGCCUUUACUUGCACAACAACCCAUUACCCUGUGACUGCCACCUCUACCACCUGCUUCAGCGCUGGCACCAGCGGGGACUAAAUGCUGUGAGUGACUUCACACGCGAGUACACGUGCCUGGCCUUCAAAGUGCCCACAUCCCGCGUGCGCUUUUUUGACCACAGCCGUGUCUUUGAGAACUGCUCAGCUGCCAUGGCUCUGGGUCUAGAGCGGCCUGAAGAGCAGCUGCAUGUGCAGGUGGGACGGUCCCUGAGGCUACACUGUAACACCAGUGCCCCAGCCAUGCGCAUUGCCUGGGUCUCGCCGCAGCAUGAGCUGCUCGUGGCACCAGGAUCUCGCGACGGCAGCAUUGCAGUGCUGGCUGAUGGCACCUUGGCCAUUGGCAACGUGCAGACAAGGCACCAGGGUGUCUUUGUGUGCCUGGCCACCGGGCCCCGCCUGCAUCACAACCAGACACACGAGUACAACGUGAGCGUGCACUUCCCACACCCUGAGCCUGAGGCUUUCAACACAGGCUUCACCACACUGCUGGGCUGUGCCGUGGGCCUGGUGCUCGUGCUGCUCUACCUAUUCGCACCGCCCUGCCCUGGCUGCCGCCGCUGCUACCAUCACACCUGCCGCUGCCGCCGCUGGCCCCGAACACCCAGCCCACUCCAGGAGCUGAGCGCACAGUCCUCAGUGCUCAGCACCACGCCACCCGACGCACCCAGCCGCAAGGCCAGUGUCCACAAGCAUGUGGUCUUUCUGGAGCCUGGCAGGAGGGGCCUCAAUGGUCGUGUGCAGCUGGCAGUAGCUGAGGACUUUGACCUCUACAAUCCCGUGGGCCUGCGACUCCAGGCUGGCUCUGAGUCUGCUAGCUCCACAGGCUCCGAGGGUCUGGUGAUGACCUAGGCUGCCAAGGGCCCCCAUCCAGGCCACUGCCUGCCCGCUGCUUGCCCUGUUCCUUGCUGCUGCCUAGAAAACUGCCAGAUGUUGGUAGAAGCACUGGGCUUGGUCCUCCAGCCCCGAUGUGGGCCUCAACAUCAACCACAGUGACCCCACUCACUGGUACAGGGGUUGGGUUCCCCAGCCUCUCUCCUGCUCCACCCCAGCACAGGACCUAAAGGCCCCAGGCCAUACCAGGGCCUGCUUGUGCCCACAUUCCUUGGGACCUCCUGGCCAAAUGUCCCAUGAAGAUUGGAACUGAGGCCCAUCUGGAGGAACCCUUGCAUUAGAGCCCCAGGUCCAUUCUCAGGGGCUGAGGCAGCCCUCAAGGAGUGGUGGUAAAGGACUGAAGCAUAACCGCUUUCCCUUUUCCAAGCAGAUGGGAAGGGAAUGGCCCAUGGGGGACAAGGAGGAGGACCUCAAAGGAAGACGUAGCCCCCACCCUCAGAGUGGAAGGAGGAAUUAUAAGCCCUCCUUCUGGUGAAAUACAACUCCCCACA